AUGGCAACCUACCAAGAGUUCAUACAACAGAAUGAAGACCGGGAUGGCAUACGUUUCAGUUGGAAUGUUUGGCCAUCAAGUCGCCUGGAGGCAACUAGGAUGGUUGUUCCCUUGGGUGCCAUCUUUACUCCUCUGAAAGAAAGACCAGACCUGCCACCCAUCCAGUAUGAUCCAGUACUGUGUACACGCACCACAUGCCGAGCUAUACUAAACCCAUUCUGCCAAAUUGACUAUCGAGCAAAGAUGUGGACUUGCAACUUUUGCUACCAAAGAAACCCUUUUCCACCACAGUAUGCAGCAAUCACUGAACAACACCAGCCUGCCGAAAUUAUCCCCCAGUUUUCAACUCUUGAAUACACCAUUACUAGAGCAACCUGUCACCCUCCAAUAUUUUUGCUGGUGGUAGACACCUGCUUUCCUGAAGAUGACGACCUCCAAGGACUUAAGGAGUCACUUCAGAUGUCACUCAGCCUGCUUCCUCCCAAUGCUCUGAUUGGUCUCAUCACCUUUGGGAAAAUGGUCCAGGUGCAUGAACUUGGCAAUGAGGGUGUUUCCAAGUCCUAUGUGUUCAGAGGAACCAAAGAUCUGAAUGCUAAACAAAUCCAG